GCUCCUGCUCCGGGACCCGCCAGGGCAGAACCGACGAAGCCCUCCGGGGUUAACCUAAAACUUGGUGAACCCCUAAGCCCCGAGGGUCCCCGUUUCCGCGUUUGUCAGGCUGGCAAAGUCGCAUCUCUUGUCCCGGCGCGAGGCUGCUGAGGAUCGCGGGCUUCUGCCGCUUCGAAUUCCCCCGUGGAAGGGAAACUGGCAGCGUCAUGCCGGACUCCAGUCACUUGUCCCUCCGCACCCUUGCCCAGCGCCCCCCGCCCGGCUCCCCCACCCCCCCAGAGCGCCAGGCCCGGGAACUGAGCCUCGUCAGCCCCCGUCCCCGCCCCCGGAACCAGCGGCCGAGGGGCGUGGAGCGGCGCGCGCGGGUACGGCGAUGGGGAGGGCGGCGGGGGGCGCGCGUCUCCGCGGCCCGGGCCCGCGCAGCAGGUGCGGCCAGGCCCCACCUCCACCCCACCCCCAAGGGGUCCCGGCGACUCACCCCGACGAUGUUCCUCAGCGACCUAACAGCCGCCACACACGCCUCUUCCGCCAGCAACGACCUUGCCUCGUGGCCGCCGCCCCCUCGACCGCCGCCGUCGCCGCCUUCCCCGCCGCCGCCGUCGCGGCGCGCGCCCGCCUUCACGCACACCGCCGUGGCCGCGCACGCGCUCUGCGCGCUGGCGUCACUUAGCAACGGAUCCCCCGUGGGCCGGUAGGACCCAGGAUUUCAGGGCCCCCGGGUCGCUUCCGGCGGGGUUUUGUGGCGCGUCUCCGCCCGUCGGAGGCGAUUGCCCCUCCUGAACUGAAGCCCUCAGGGUGUGGCCGCCCUGCCGGCACCUGGCUCGGGGUAAGUCACGUCAUCGCACGUCACUGAAUAGCGUCAUCGGUCGCGUCACUGCGUAUGGGGAAGAGCCGGAGCGCCUGUUGGGGAAAUCCCUAAGCUGGUUCACUGAUGGACAGUCGGCUAGGUGCGAGAAAGUUCUACAAGGAGGAAGAGUGAGCCAAGACUACCAAAUGUAAAGUAUAAAACUGGACUUCAUCUUUCCCGUAAGAAGAAACCGUGGAGCAAGGAAAGCAGGGGCUGUGGGCUUCCAAGCCGUAGAAAUCGGGGUGCAAGUCUGAGCCUGGCUGAAGCUAGAGAGUCGUCUCCCUUGAAAGUUAGGUACUUAGCUGGGUGCGAGGUUUUGAAGACGGAAGACAGUUCCAAGCAAAGACAUCUUAAAUAGGAAGUGAAAAUGAACAGAAACCGCAGGGGCUGGGCCAGGGAAUGUCGCAUUGUAGUACCCUGGAGAAGUGAUCAGAACCGCCAAGGCGCUGCGAGUGGGAAUGUGAAUGUGAAGGCCAGCGCUGGUGGGGAGUGGGGGUAGGAGUUGGUGAAUAAGUAGGCCAGGAUUCUAGGAUGGGUGCUGAGAUAGGCUGAUGGAAAGAAAGAUGCCUUUGCGUCCGUAGGUGGUGUGUUGCUAGACGGUGAUGGCAUUCCUGGCCGAUGACUAUGGUAGCAGUGCCUGUGAAUGUGAAUGAGUAUGUUGGUUGGAGAAGCACCCUCCCUCAAGCCUUUCGUGUGGAAUGAUAUCCAUCAAUUUAAUACUUCUAGCUUUUGCUACGUAUGUCCCCAGUUUACUUUUCCUUGGAGAACUGGCUUCUAGAUUGAUAAAUUUAAAAGAACAAACUGGACGUGGGAAGCCUUUGAAGAAACUGUUAGGGUGUGGUGGAAUGAAGGUGCCUAGUCCAGGGGUACAAAGCAAAUCCUAGAGUUUAACAUUAGGAAACUGCCCGCAGGUAACACCCAAUUCCAACUUUGUUAAUUGUGUUUUACAGAAUAAUGUUCCCUACACUGACACACACACACACACCGCCCCCAUCUCCAUAAUCUGCUAAUACGUUCUGUAACAUCACAGAAGGGAGUUUGCAGAUAUGGUUCAGUUAAGGACAUGACAUACCCUGAAUUGGCCUGCUGGGCUAGGGACAAGAGCAGAGUUGGAAAAGGGCAUAUGAGAGAAGCAAAGGUCACAGAGAUUUGAAGACAUCACCCAGUUGGCCCUAAAAAUGGAUCCAAGGGAGUACAGGCAGCCUAUAGAAGCUGGAAAGGGCAAGCAACUGGAUUCUUGAAUUAAGGACGUUUGACUUCUAGAACACUAAUAUGAAUUGUUGUUAAAGCACUCAGUUUGUACUAACUUGUUACAACAGCCAUAAGAGACCAGUGCAGUCAACAAUAAAGAUGACAGUUCCCCGGUGCGUUCUCCUUCAUGUAGAAAGAAAAAGCACAGUUUAUCAGGCUGCUUCACUGUGGUUAUGGUCUCAUGGAGGGGCCCUCCACAUUUAGAGGAAAACAUCAAACAGCCAAAUUACACAGGUCUGUGACUGAUGAGAGAAGUUGAGGUUUGGAGGAAGUUAAGCCCUCAGACAUGGAUGAGAUCAAUCAAGGCAAAAAUAUAACCUCAACUCUUAUAUUAGACUCAGUUGCUUAUAACAACAGCAUCCUUAAAAAUCCAACUAAGGCCGUUUCACCAAACACUUAAGAGUUAGUAUAAGCUGUGAUACUUCUCUCUGGACAGCUGUGGCUGUUAUACUCAGUUAUACAAGCCAUUCAGUUUGGAGGCAAGGUAAACACAUGGGUAGAUAGCUGGUUGCCAUAAAUGGGGUUUGUUGUUUGGUUGGUUUUGUUAAGGUGUAGGCAGACUAUAAGGGUAAAACAGCUAAUAGACUAAGGUUUAGAUCCAUGACAUGCAGUCCUUUUCUAGGAAACCUAUCGGAGUCCUGAAUUGGUUAAAAUGCUCUUUCUCCAUAUUAAUAUAAUGCCCAUGCAUUGUAGCAUUUGCUGUAAUAAUGGUGCUUACUACAUGCCAGGUACACAUUCCUGUACCUGUGCUCCUCCUGUUUCAGUGUUCAGGCAUUACGAGUCUUGUAACAGCCCUUGAGUAGGUGAUAUUACUAAUUACCAUACUUACAGAUCAGAAAGCUACAUCACAGAAAGUUGAAGUAAUUACUCAAGUUCACAAAGUUAAUAAGUGAUAGAGCCAGGAUUCCCAAUGCUAGAACCCAUGUGCUGUAACCAUUCAUACCAAAUCCUCCCUGUUCACAUGAGGGGUGCUAGAAACACGGCUUACACAACUCAGCAGUGUUUGUGUUGCAGGGCUGGUGUGUGUGUGUGUGUGUGUGUGUGUGUGUGUGUGUGUGUGUGUGUGUGAUCCCACUCUCCCUUCCAUGAACACCAGAGACUCUUCUUUCCGAGUUGGAAGUCACAAAUCCUUGGGCACUCUGGAUAGCUGAUGCAUCUCUCUUCAUAGGCUAUACCAGUUGUAUAAAUGAAUUGUGUAACCAUGUUUCCCAUUCAGUCCCUGCCCCGAAGCACUGAGUAAAUUUGCUCACUUGGCAUUUGUAACUGA